CCCAAGGAUAAUGUGUUUGUUUAUUUUGCUGAUCAUGGAGCUGACGGGAUAUUGGCAUUUCCUAAUAGUGAUCUUCAAGUUGAUGAUCUGCAAAGGACCAUUAGAUUUAUGCACAAACAAAAAAAAUACGCAAAGAUGGUGUUUUACAUUGAAGCUUGUGAGUCUGGAUCGAUGAUGAUAGACCUGCCAAGGAACAUUCAUGUAUUUGCCACUACUGCUGCUAACGAACAGGAAUCAUCAUAUGCCUGUUACUAUGAUGAUGAAAGACAGACCUAUUUGGGUGAUGUGUACAGCGUCAAUUGGAUGGAAGACUCUGACCAGGAGGACCUUAGAAAAGAAUCACUACACAAACAAUUCAAAAUUGUAAAGAGACGGACCAAUACCAGUCAUGUACAAGAGUAUGGAAAUCUGACACUUUCGCACAUGAAACUGAAUGCAUUCCAGGGCUCAAAGAAGGCUGACCUCAAUGCAACCCAGCCUCUGGUCAAUAUUGUGGAUGCAGUACCAAGUCCUGAUGUUCCUCUUGCCAUUCUUAAACGGAAAUAUAUGGCAACAAACGAUAUUGAGAUGGGUCAGAAGCUCCUUUUCGAGAUCAAUGCACUUCUGGAGAAUAAGCACUUAAUUCAGAAGUCCAUGGAAAGGAUUGUGUCCGUUGUCACAGGAUCUGAGGAGCAUACAGCGCGGAUAAUAAAUUCACGAAGUCGUAUCCAUGAUCAUGGCUGCUACCAAGCUGCAAAUUAUCAUUUCAAAACUCACUGUUUUAACUGGCACACGCCGCUGUAUGAAUAUGCACUGAGACAACUUUAUGCUUUGGUCAAUCUUUGUGAAGAAGGUUUCCCAGUAAAGAGGUAAAUUUUUUUUUUUUUUUUUUCCUCCUUCAAUCUGUUCGUUGGUCAUGGUAAGGGAUGCAUUUGUUGACUAUCCCUAUUGGCUUGUGAGGCUGUUCCAGAGGGUCGUUAAGAGUCAAUCAUAUUACCUUGGAUAUGGAGACAUAUGUAGGUCAGACAUGGUAAGGACUACGCAUUUCCUUCCCUGUAGGGCGUUACUGAACCAGAUCGUUCUAAAAAUCUCUCUGCAGUAGUUGUAAUGAUCACCAGUACUGAGAGUAGCUUAAUAUUCUAGACUUAUUAUUUAUAAUCUACGUUUAUUAAUUGAAUUUAAAUUCCAUCAGCUGCUUUGCUGGGCCUUGAACCAAUGUCCCCAGAACCUCAAUGUCUAGUUUGCUGAUUCGGUGACAUUACCAUUUCCUCAUACAAUGAUCUUCAAAUGCGUAAAUACGAAAUAGGAGCAUAAGAGACUAUUUAGCCCUUCAAACUGGCUCCACCAUUCAAUAUAAUCAUAGCUGAUCUGUUUUUGUUUCAAAUUCUACGUUCCCAUUGACCCCAGAUAGCCCUUUAUUCCCCAGCCUACAAGAAUACAUGCAUCUCUGUCUUGCCUUGCCUUCACUGCCUUCUGAGACAGAAAGCUCCCAAGUCACACUACACAACAAUUUGUGACUGAACCUUUUCUCCCCAUCUCUAUUCUGAAAGAGUGACCCAUAAUUCUAAAACAGUGCACCCUGCUUCUGGACUAACUCGCAAGAAGAAACACUUGUCCACUUUAUCAAGACCAUUCAGGAUUUUAUACACUUCAAAAUAGUCACCCUUCACUCUCCUAAACUCCAGCGGAAAAACUAUUCAACCAGUCUUGUAACAACCCACUCAUUCAUUCAGAUGUCCAUAACUUGGCAUGGAGGGUUGGGUUACGUGGAGGAUCUUCUUGAAGUUGCCAUUCAAAAGGUUUUCUCGUGCACACUACGGCUCAUGAUGCCUCUGAGGUGCUGUCAAGCAUGACCCUUUUAUAAAUCUG